UUUAUCAAUUUACGUGUUCUUAUCAACACGUAGUUAAUGAUUAUUAUUGUUAUUGUUAUAAGAUAAUAUGCAAUAUAAAUAUAUAUAUAUUUAUGAAAAAUACCUGUAUAAAUAUGUGAAAAUUAGCACACAUAUACACGCCCGCACGUACAUUUUAAACACACGCAUAAAUUAUACCUGCAUGUAAUAAAAUAUAAAAACCAUUUACCUAUUUUUACUACAAUUUCCAUUGUUUGAACCAUGUUCAUGACUAAUUAGUGAUACCGUUGUUCCUAUUUCCGUUUUAUAUUACGUUUAAGUGCACUCGAAUACCCAAUACGAUGAUCAAACAAAAUUAGUAGACUCCUCGUUUCUUAGAUAUUAUUCAAUAUUAAUGUUUGAAGUUUGAUAUGUUAAGAGUUGACUUUUCGUCUAGUGUCACCAGUUGAAGUAAAAAACUGUUAUUAAUUAAUUUUCUUAUAUUUCCUUGAUUCUUUAGUAUUCUGUGCAAUGGAAGAUUAUAAAUUCUUAUUUAAAGUAGUACUAGUUGGUAAUGCUGGUGUCGGAAAAACUUGCUUGGUCCGUCGAUUUACUCAGGGAAUGUUUCCUCCAGGUCAAGGUGCAACAAUAGGAGUGGAUUUUAUGAUAAAAACAAUUGAAAUAGACAAUGAAAAAGUCAAACUCCAAAUUUGGGAUACAGCUGGACAAGAAAGAUUCCGUUCUAUUACACAAAGUUAUUAUCGAUCUGCACAUGCCUUAAUAUUAAUUUACGAUAUAACAUCCCAGCCAACAUUUGAUUGCCUUAAUGAUUGGCUUCGUGAAAUUGAUGAAUAUGCAAAUAACAAAGUGUUAAGAGUUUUAGUUGGUAACAAAAUAGACAAAGAAGACCGUGAAAUUCCUUCUCAUGUAGGUCAAGAUUUUGCUCAAAGGCAUGAUAUGCGCUAUUUAGAAACAUCAGCAAAACAAGCAGAUAAUGUAGAAAAAUUAUUUGUUCAAAUUGCUUCAGAACUGAUGGAGCAAGCUAAAUCCAAAGGAAUAUCUUCAGACAGUCCGCAGUCUUUACCAUUCAACACUAGAACAUCUAAAUCCAUUAAUGAUUACUGUUGUAAUCGUUGAAACCUUAAUUAUCAGUAUUUAUUAUUAUUGUCAUUGAUAUUUAACUUAGCUUAUCACAGGGUAAAUUAUAAUCAAACUAAUAUUUUACCUAAAAUCAAUCCAAUAAUAAUAUUUUAAACAAUUAAAAGUUACCUAACCGUAACAUGAUGAGCAAAAGUAAUUAGUAUUAUAGUUUUAAUUUUAACUCUAACUCAGUUAUUGUUUUCUUUAUUAAUAUUUUUAUGUUUCAUGGUUGUAUAAAGUGUUGGCAUACAAAUUAAAUGUAUUGUAUGUGCACCCAUAAUAAAUGUGCUCAAAUAUAAUAUGAUCAUCAAAUUAAUUUAAUCUAACAACACUACUAAUCAGUAUUUUGAUCAAAUUGUUUUUUUUUUACAAAUUAAAUACUAAGAUCAACAUUUUUUCAAGUAUUAUAAAACUAUAAUUAAUAAUAUUAAUAAAAAAUUCUUCUAGAAAUUGGUUGUUUUUAAUGUUUUGUGUAACUCAUUGUUUAUUUUAUUUUUUAAUAUUUCAUUUAAAAUUUGUUUAAAUAAAGUAUUUAACCUAUUAAUUUAAUAUUAUUGUUAUUAAAUAAAGAAAUUACCCUAUAUAAUCUAUGAUUAAAAGCAGAAUUAAUUUUUUUUUAACUAAUUAUUAAAAAAUAAAUAUAAACUAUAAUUUUUAGUUUUGAUAUUUUGUAUUUUAGCUAUAAGGUAAUAACUUAAUUUAUUAUUACUAUCAGGAACAAAAAUGUUGUGUUUAUUUUAUACUUAUUUAUAAAAUGUAUAUAUUUAUUUUUUUUUACAAAAAUAUUAGUGCAAUACUUUUGAAUAUACUAUUAAGAAAUAAGAAUUUUAUGUAGAAAAUAUUAGGAUUCGUAGCACAAUAAAUUUUGUUUAUUAUAUUUUAUAGUGUUAAUUUGCUGUUUUUAUUAUUAAAUGUUUCAUAUUAAUAAUAACUGUAUUUAAAAAUAAUCUUGUUUUUUUUUCUUUUUAUUUUGUAUACUAUUUAAAAUGUUAUAUCAUGUAUUAUAAAUUAUUUGUUGUAUUAUUAAUUUUCUACAUUUAUUAAUUAUUCUUCUAAAAUGAAUUGUUAAUACAAUAUUUACUUGAGAUUAAUA